UCAGCGGACCAGAAACACAGCAGCUGGCAGAGAAAGCGCAAGUAUGCCGACCCCCAUGCCCCCCUGCACACCGACUCUGCAGCGGCACGAAACCAGUGUGUUUCUAAGCAUUAUUUAACUGGUUUUAAAGAGCCGAUCAGGUCCCAGUGUGGACGCGGGGCUCCGGGUGAGAAGGCUGCAUGACAACGCUCAACGUUCCCGGUCCUCGGCUCUCCGGCGGCGCAGGAACAGCGCUCCUGUCACUGCGGAAAGUGGGGAGGUUUUCCUAUUUGACAGGGUGGUAACGCCACGUACGAGGACAUACGAGACAACAAAACAAAAGGGCUUCUUUUUAAUGUUGUGGAAGUUAAACGCGAUGUGAAACCAGCGAUGAUCAACUUGGUGGAAAGUUGGGGGAGACGGCGGAACAGGGGAAGCUUUUACAACAACAACAAUAAUAAUAGUGAUGUUUUUGGAGCAAACUGAGACAAAUUCAGCUCAACAAAUCCAAUAACAACAUGUGCGAGGUGACUGUGGAGGAGCAGGAGAGGGAGAUCUCCGACUUGGACCCGCAGGAGUGCUCCACGGAGGCGGAUCGCCAAGUGGUGCUGGUGGUCAAUCACAGCCGGAUCAUGCCUCCCUUCAGCGUCGUGCUGGCGACGCUGCUCUACUGCGCAGAGUUCGUGACCGCCGCGGUGCUGUGCAGCAUGUACCACAAGACCGACGACGUCAUCUGGAUGAGCUUCACCAUCGCCUUCAUGCUGCUGCCGGCUCUGCUCAUCCAGCUGGCGCUCACGUUCAUCCACAGGGACCUGGGUCGGGACCGGCCCCUGGUGCUCUUCCUGCACCUGCUGCUGCUCGGCCCUGUCAUUAGGUGUUUCGAGGCUUUGGUGGUCUAUUUCAAGGCGGGUAAAAAGGAGGAGCCUUAUGUCACCAUCUCCAGGAAGAUCAGUCUGAAGAAGGGCCAGGGGACGCCGAUGGAGUGGGAAAUUGGCCAAUCGGAGCGCAACCUGGCCACUCACAGAAACGCCUUCAAGCGCACCGCCGUCAUCCAGGCUUUUCUGGGCUCCGCGCCGCAACUGACGCUCCAGCUGUACGCCACCAUCCAGGAGAAAUACUUACUCCCUGCGAGAUUGGCUCUGAUGAUCAUCACCCUCAUCUCCAUCACGUACGGGGCUCUCGUGUGCAGCACUCUGGCCAUCCAGAUCAGAUACGACAACUACAAAGUGCGGUUGCGCCCUUUCGCCUACCUGUGCAUGAUCGCGUGGCGCGGGUUGGAGAUCGCCACCCGGAUCGUGGCUCUGGUCCUCUUCAGCACGGCGCUCACACACUGGGUGAUCCUCGUCGGCAUGGUCAACCUGCUCUUCUUCUUCUUCCUCCCCUGGGUCGAGUUCUGGUGCAGGAAAGGCUCGCUGACCCAGGACGUGGAGAAGAACUUCUCCAAGCUGGGCACCACGGUGGUGCUCUCCAUGUUCACGUUGCUCUACGCCUGCAUCAACGUCUUCUGCUGGUCAGCGGUGCAGCUGGACUUCUCCCAUCGAGAGCUCAUCGAGAGGAAGCAGCGGUGGGCACGCCUGGCCAUGUACUACACCGGCCGCUUUCUGGAGAACUUCCUCCUCAUCACGCUCUGGUACUUCUUCAAGUCGGACUUCUACGAGUACGUGUGCGCGCCGCUGCUGGCCGUCCAGCUGCUGAUCUGCUACAGCCUGUCCUUGCUCUUCAUGAUGCUCUUCUACCAGUUCUGCCACCCCUGCAGACGCCUCUUCAAGUACAACGUGCACGACUGCCUGCACUGCAUCUGCUGCCGUACGGGAAGGAGGGGGGCGAGCGGCCAACGGGGGAAGCUGCCGCCCUCUUACUCCAUGGCUGCCACCAUGGUGCUGGUGCCGGAGGAGCCACUGGAGCUGCUGGACCCCAAAAACUCACAACCUCUCGACCUCACCAGUCAGCUGGGAGAGACGGAGACGGCCAUUGUUGACGAGACGAUGGAAGCAGCCUGAGAAAGGCUUGGUGGAGAAUUAGGUUAACAGUGGGUUUAGAAAUACAGUUUAGAAAUACAUCGAAACUGGCGCUGCAGGCUGCACCACAAAACCAGAAUGUUUGUGUUUUUUUUGUGAGUCCGCAAGGUGAUGACCUAUUUCUUUAAAGUGCACAAAACUUUAUGGUUGUGAGAGGGAUUCAUGUUAACUCCUGAUGUCUUUACUGAGGGUGGCUACGUACACUCAGCGAGGCAUCAGAACACAAAAGAAUGCAGCAUGUCGAAGACGUGCAGCGAUGCACAAAGGCUGCCUUCAGAGAGCAGCAGCGGGUCGUGUACAGGACUGAGCCAGGUGCACGGGAAACGUGCCAAGAGUGUCUGAAAGACUAACCGGGGCAACCACAGUUUACUUCCUCUCAGGGAACUCACACCAAGAACGCCGCCUUUGCAACGUUCGCAUCUGCGAAAGUCAGGCGAAUGUAUCUUCCUCAUACCCAACUACAUAAACCUGCUGUGACGAAUGCCUUGUAUUGUUCACUGCCCAGUCUGGUGGCUUUGAUUUGCAAGAACAGGUUUUAGUUUUGCAAAAAUACAUACAAAUAUUUCAACUGAAAAAACAGUGUGGAAUAUCUAGUUUGUUGGUCUAAGUUUAACCUCCCAGUUGAUGAUGCUUUAACCCGACUGACCAUGAAUUAGCUUCUACUUUAACAAAGUGCUUUAACAGUUUGCCCAUUUUUUUACGUUUUGUCUUGUUUGUUCGUUCAGUGCCUUGACUACUGUUGUUUUACUUGAAGUCUAAAUAAAAUAAUCUGACACAUUUGUUCUUGCUUUUGACUUCAUUUAUGACUACCCACUCCUUGAUUAUCACACAAUAAGACAUUAUCCCAAUUAAACGAAUUGCAUCGCCUCCCAGUGGAGCAAAACUUCCCGUGUGUUGUAAAGACUACUUCCUCAUUCCUGGCUCCAAGACUCAGUUUCCAGUAGGUAGGAAUGUGGCCAUUCAGCUCCAUGAGGGAUGCCUCGCCUCCAAACUUUCUCAACCACGCACUUUACGUGAGCUUUCGUUUCCUUGUGUACUGCGUCGCUUUCACGCCUGCGGAGGAGGGAGGAGUCCUGACGG